AACGUUGAACGAGAACGAGAUACAAGUGUAGGUAGAAAGUAAUAUUGAAAGAGUUAAAGGCAAUUUAAAAAGGCUAAUUGUUGAUUGAAGGUGUAUUAUAAUAUCGUUUAAAAAUGCUGUUCCCAUUAUUGUUGGAGGAUAGUUCUUGGGCUCCUAAAUGUCGCCAGUAUGAAUCGACUUUGGAUAUUUUCAAACCUCUAGCCGUUGUAGACGGCUUGCUAAAAUUGUCGGAAAUUGCUAAAGAAAUGAAAAAAAUGGAUGCAUGUUUAAAACAGGAAACUGGAUCUGAUUUUUUUUCCGAAAACAAAUUCCAUGCUAAUUUCGAUGUUCAGCAUUUCAAACCAGAAGAAAUUACUGUUAAAGUUUCUGGUGGUGUAAUAUCCGUGGAAGCCAAGCACGAAGAAAAACAAGAUGAACAUGGUCAGGUUUACAGACAUUUUGUACGAAAGUACAAAUUACCAAAGAAUUGCGAUUUAGAUCGGUUGGAAACAAAACUGUCUUCGGAUGGAGUUCUUAGUAUUAGUGCACCUGUUAUUGGAAAAAAGACUGAUGAAAGAUCCAUUCCAAUUACCCAAACUGGGAAACCUGCUAGAGCGCUAGAAGAGAGCGAGAAGAGUGAAUUUGAAAAUCCGAAAAAAAAGAAGAAAAUUUCUAAGUAACUCAUUUAGAUUAAAUUACAUUUUUUGUUAGUUAUCAAACAACGUUUAAAAAUGUACUUAACUUUCAACUGCUUAUUAGAAUUUAAGUUUUUU